AGACGAUACAUUAUGGGGAAGCAAUCAGAGCUUUGCACACUAGAGAACAAAACCAAGAAAAAUGGAGAUGAUGAGAUCAUUAAAGAUACAUGUUCGGAUGUGGACUCUGAUGAUUCCUUGACGGUUUCGUUGGAGCGGAUAGGGGUGACGAUACCAAAAUUCAUGAUGCCAAAAAUUGAUCUACCUUUUCCCUCAUCCAUGUCCAAGAAAAUCAACGAUUAUUGGGUCCAAUCCGUAAGCAUGGACAAUUCCUCAAGCAGUAACAUCAAGGAAUUGAUCGGAGAUCUGAUAAAUAAAAGAACGUCGGACUUGAAGAAUUUGUACUCUGAGGUUAGCGAAUCGCUAACGGGUAUAGUCAAUAUCAAUAUCGAUCAUCCGGUAGAGGAUUACAUCGAGAAAAUACGAGAUGAACAAAAUAGCUCUUAUGCCAAGGCAGUUGAUUCUCCAACGGGUAAAGGCGUAGCUGAUCGCAACGAAAAAAACAGCGGUUUGAGAGAGCUCGAAAAGUAUGAGUAUUUGACUUGUUUAAACUUUGAUCAAUUUCAGGACCAAAUGUUUUUGCGUCAUAGAAUCAGGGAAAUUUUGAGUCUUGAAAUUCAACCGAUCUUACAGAGAUUAUUAAUACAAAAGUUGAUGUCACGGUCCUAUAUAGAAAAACAGAAGCAUCUUAGAGCACAGUCGAAAAUUUCAAACAAAGAAGGUAAUAUAUGUUAUGCUGGUAACUAUCAUGAUGACGAGGAUGAGGACGAGGACGAGGACGAGGACGAUAUGGAAGAUGAUGAAGUGGUUCUGACAGCAAAAGAUAGACAGCCUACAUAUUAUAGUCUCGAGGAUGAUAUUUUGGGUUGUGAGCAUUAUCAGAGAAAUUGUAAAGCGGAAUGUUCUACGUGUCACAGGUGGUAUACGUGUAGGUUUUGCCAUGAUGCAGUGAACCCAUCCCAUCAGUUAGAGAGGAAGAAGGUGAAGCACAUUCUUUGCAUGUUUUGCUUUACCCCACAGCACCCCCAGCAGUAUUGCAUUGAGUGCAACAAAGAACUGAGCAAGUACUACUGUGAUAAAUGCAAGCUGUUUGACAAUGACCCUUUAAAAAAUAUCUAUCAUUGCGACAAAUGUGGAAUAUGUCGCCUUGGUUUGGGUUUAAACCAGGACUACUUCCAUUGCGAUUCAUGCAAUGCUUGCAUCUCAAUUGAGCUUCAGAAAAAUCAUGUGUGUAUUGAAAACUCUACAAAGUCCAACUGUCCAAUAUGUGAUGAGUUCAUGUUCAAUUCAAACGCCAAGGUUGUUUUCAUGAGCUGUGGACAUCCUAUUCAUGAAAAAUGUUACGGUCAACAUACCCUUCAUUCCUAUAAAUGUCCUACAUGUUCAAAGACCAUUGUGAAUAUGGAAUUACAAUUUCGAAUGAGAGACUUUGAGAUAAAACAGAGUCAAAUGCCUGAUGAGAUGGGGAAUUGGAUGGCAGAGGUGAAGUGUGUGGAUUGUCGAGGUAUGAGUCGGGUUCCUUUCCAUUAUUUGGGACACAAGUGUGACCAUUGUCACAGUUAUAAUACUAUGCAAGUCAAACUACUCAAGGGAGUGGAUGAGUCAAGUCCUGUUGAUGCAGGUAUGAAUACGGAUGAAAAACUAUACAUUUCAGAACAGUUCAUAACUGAUUCGUUAAAGCAGAAUUUCGAGUUUGCAGAAGCGAAAGAAAGACUUGCUUCCGAUAAGAAGAAAGACGCUAAUAAAAAUGAAAUAACGGAGGAAGAUCAUUCCAUUGACCACGACUAUGUGGAAAAUUUUAUAAGAGUUAUUAACAAUUUUGAAGCGUACUCUUCAUUAAGUGAUGCCUUUAAAGAUUGGAUCAGUGCAUCAUUGGACCGGGAUGGUGAAAGUGUUGUUGGACCUAAUGUUGCUGGGGAAAAGGCUGCCACUGACAGUAUCGGUGGUGUAAACCAAAACUUCGAUGAUUAUGGUACUGAUGGUGACAGUCAGAGUUUGAUUGAUAAUGCCAAUGCUAAUGAUAAAAAGAAUAAUUGAAGCGAUUCAAAAAAAUUAAUAGACACUGAUCAAUUCACAACUCGAGAAAACAUGGUAAAUUGCAAAGAUGAUCGUAGUAUAUAAUUGAUACCUUUAC